AUGGUGUGGCCGCAGCCCCAGCCGCCGCCCGUGGUGCACCUGCCCGCCAUCCAGCCGCCGCCGCCCGCGCUGCCCGGGCCCUUCUUCAUGCCGUCCGUCCGCUCCACCGAGCGCUGCGAGACGGUGCUGGAGGGCGAGACCAUCUCGUGCUUUGUGGUGGGCGGCGAGAAGCGCCUGUGCCUGCUGCAGAUCCUCAACUCGGUGCUGCGCGACUUCUCACUGCAGAUCAACUCGGUGUGCGAUGAGCUGCACAUGUACUGCUCGCGCUGCACGGCUGACCAGCUGGAGAUCCUCAAAGUCAUGGGCAUCCUGCUCUUCUCGGCGUCCUUGUGUGGACUCAUCACCAAGACGGACGCUGAGCGCCUGUGCAACGCGCUGCUCUACCUUGGCGCCUACCAGCCGCCCUGCAAGAAGGAGCUGUCCACCAGUCUGGCCAUGGGCCUGGAGCUCAGCGAGCGCAGCAUCCGCGUGUACCACGAGUGCUUCGGUAAAUGCAUGGGGCUGCUGGUGCCUGAGCUCUACAGCAGCCCAAGCGCCGCCUGCAUCCAGUGCCUCAACUGCCGCCUCGUGUACCCGCCGCACAAGUUCGUGGUGCACUCGCACAAGGCCCUGGAGAACCGGACCUGCCACUGGGGCUUCGACUCGGCCAAGUGGCGGGCCUACAUCCUGCUGAGCCAGGACUACACGGGCAAGGAGGAGCAGGCUCGUCUGGGCCGCUGCCGGGACGACGUGAAGGAGAAGUUCGACUAUGGCAACAAGUACAAGCGGCGGGUGCCCUGGAGAAGCACUAUGAGGUAUGAUCAGAAGACUUACCAGCUAUAACAGCAACAGAAGUAACAAGAGAAUACAGUUAUGCGAACAUAAUUUAAGGCCAUUGCUGGGAGCGGAAUCAACAGGUAAUUACAGAUUUUCACUACUAUUUCAGUUGCAGCAAACAUUCUUCUGUUAUCAAUCUGUAAUUUCAGAUCAUUCAAAGUAGGCUUUGCCAGGGCCGGCCCGUGGCUCACUUUGGAGAGUGUGGUGCUGAUAACACCAAGGCUGUGGGUUCGG